AUGAAGUUCUUCGCCGCUCUCACCGUUGCCGGCGCUGUCGCCCCGGCCCUCGCCAUUCCCGCUGCUCCUUCAGCUCCCGUUGUCCCCGAUAUCCUCGGAACCAAGGCUUGCGUUGCACCUCCCAAGAGAGUUGAGUGGCGCGAACUCGGUGCUGCCAACCAAAAGGCCUACAUCGACUCUGUUCUGUGCUUGAAGACCAAGCCUUCUCGCAUUGGUCUCAAGUCAUCUCUGUACGAUGACUUUCCCUACGUCCACUUUCAGCUCAACGACUGGAUCCACGGCGGUGCUCCUUUCCUUCCUUGGCACAGAUACUUUGGUGUCAUCUACGAGCAAGCUCUCCGCGACUGUGGCUACAAGGGUCCUGGAACAUACUGGGACUGGACCAAGGAUGCCGAGAAGGGUCUUUUGAGCUCUCCUCUCAUGUCCAAGAACGCUUUCGGUGGCAACGGAGAUCAAAAUGAUAUGGAAUGGCCAGGCAAUACCGGCCUCCCGUGUGUCAGGGAUGGCCGAUUCUCUAAGCUCCGACCUGAGUACCUCGAGGACGAGCCCAAGGUUCUAUCCAAGGGUGGUCACUGCCUUUUCCGCAACAUGCCCGAGGUCACUGAGCCCGAGGCUUACAAGAUGAUGGUGCCCCAGAUCACCGCCAAGGGCAUCAAUGAUCUCCAGAAGGCUGGUAACUGGUCUUACUUCCACACCGCCAACGAGGGCGGUCCUCACGGUACCAUCCAUGCUUCUCUGGGCGGAGAGAUGAACCCUACUACUUCUCCCAAUGAGCCUCUCUUCUUCAUGCACCACGCUCAGAUUGACCGCGUCUGGUGGCAAUGGCAGCAGAAGAAGGCUAGCCGCUUCUCCGAGUACGAUGGUGAGGGUAUGCACUACCCCAAGAGGGACCGAACUAGCGUCAACCUUGACGAUGUGCUUCCUAUGUUCGGCCUUGCCAAGGACGUCAAGGUUAGGGAUGUUAUGAACCCCUCCAAGGGUCCUCUGUGCUUCCGCUACUAA